UAGAUUCAUAAACUAUUCAAGGGGGUUUGGCUGCCCCCUUCGCUUCACAGAUGAGGAAACUGAGGCCCAGAGAGAUGGAAUGCCAUGGCCAAGGGUGCACAGCAGCCUUGACCUUAUGUCAUGGGUUCAACCUGGACACCGAAAACGCGAUGAUCUUCCAGGAGAACGCAAGGGGCUUCGGGCACAGCGUGGUCCAGCUCGAGGGAUCGCGGGUGGUGGUUGGAGCCCCCCAGGAGAUAAAGGCUGCCAACCAAACAGGCAGCCUCUACCAGUGUGACUACAGCACAGCCUCAUGUGAGCCCAUCCCCCUGCAGGUCCCCCUGGAGUCUGUGAACAUGUCCUUGGGUCUGUCUUUGGCGUUCGCCACCAACCCUUUUCGGCUGCUGGCCUGCGGCCCCACCGUGCACCAAACCUGCAAAGAGCACAUCUAUGUGAAUGGCUUCUGCUUCCUGUUUGGAUCCAACUUACGGCAGCAGCCCCAGAGGUUCCCAGAAGCCCUCAGAGAGUGCCCUCAGCAGGAGAGUGACAUCGCCUUCUUGAUUGAUGGCUCUGGUAGCAUCUACGAGAAUGACUUUCAGAAGAUGAAGGAGUUUGUCACAAUUGUGAUGAAUCAAUUCAAAAAGUCUAAAACCUUGUUCUCUUUGAUGCAGUACUCCGACAGCUUCCAGACUCAUUUCACCUUCAAAGAAUUCGCUAACAACCCUAACCCAGGAUCGCUGGUGAGAUCAAUAAAUCAGCUGGGUGGGAGGACACACACUGCCACCGGAAUCCGCAAAGUAGUAAGGGAACUGUUUCACAGCAGGAAUGGAGCCCGGAAGAAUGCUCUUAAGAUCCUAGUUGUCAUCACAGAUGGAGAAAAGUUUGGUGAUCGCUUGGAAUACGAGGAUGUCAUCCCUGAGGCAGACCAAGAAGGAAUCAUUCGCUAUGUCAUUGGGGUGGGCAUUGCCUUCAGCAUUGAGAAAUCUCGUGAAGAGCUUAACACCAUUGCAUCCAAGCCGCCUCGUGACCAUGUGUUCCGGGUGAAUAACUUUGAAGCUCUGAAGACCAUUCAGAAUCAGCUUCAGGAAAAGAUCUUUGCGAUCGAGGGUACUCAAACAGGAAGUACCAGCUCCUUUGAGCACGAGAUGUCUCAGGAAGGCUUCAGUGCUGCUGUCACCUCUAGUGGUCCUUUGCUGGGCGCUGUGGGGAGCUUUGACUGGGCUGGUGGAGCCUUUCUGCGUACAUCAAGGGAUAAAUUCACCUUCAUCAACCUAACCAUGGUAGAUCCGGACAUGAAGGAUGCUUACUUGGGUUAUGCUGUCGAAGUCAUCUCGCGACGCCAAGUGCAAAACUUCGUUAUGGGGGCGCCUCGAUAUCAGCACACUGGCCUGGUGGCAAUGUUCAGACAGAAUGCUGGUGCCUGGGAGAACAACGCUUAUAUCAAGGGCAGCCAGAUUGGCUCCUACUUUGGGGCCUCCCUGUGCUCUGUGGAUGUGGACAGAGAUGGCAGCUCUGACCUGGUCCUCAUCGGGGCUCCCCAUUACUAUGAGCAGACCCGGGGGGGCCAGGUGUCUGUGUGCCCCUUGCCCCGGGGGAGGGCUAAGUGGCAGUGUAAGUCUGUUCUCCGCGGGGAGCAGGGCCACCCCUGGGGCGGCUUUGGGGCAGCCCUGACAAUACUCGGGGAUGUGAAUGGGGACAAGCUGAUGGACGUGGCCAUCGGGGCCCCCGGAGAGCAGGAGAACCAGGGUGCUGUCUACCUAUUUCAUGGAACCUCAGGACUGGGCAUCAGCCCCUCCCACAGCCAGCGGAUUGCAGGCUCCCAGCUCUUGCCCAGGCUCCAGUAUUUUGGUCAGUCAUUGAGCGGGGGCCGGGACCUCACAAUGGACGGACUUGUGGACCUGGCUGUAGGGGCCCAGGGGCGUGUGCUGCUGCUCAGGUCCCAGCCAGUGCUGAGAGUUGAGGUGACCAUGGCGUUCACACCAGGGGAAGUGGCAAGGAAUAUAUUUGAUUGUCGUAAUCAGGUUGUGAGAAACCAGACUGCUGGGGAGGUCAGAGUCUGCCUCCGAGUCCGCAAGAGCACACCGGACCGGCUGAGAGAAGGAGAGAUCCAGAGCAUCGUCACAUAUGACCUGGCUCUGGACCCAAAUCGCUUACUACGCCGGGCCGUCUUUGAUGAGACAAAGAACAGCACAUGCAGACAGAUACAGAACUUGGGGCUGAAUCAGGAAUGUAAGACUCUGAAGCUACUGUUACCGGAAUGUAUAAAGGAUUCAGUGGCCCCCAUCACCCUGCGGCUCAACUUCUCUCUGGUGGGGAAGCCCUCGUCCUCUUUUGGGAACCUCCGGCCAGUGCUGGCUCUGGAUGCUCAGAGACUCUUCACAGCCUUGUUUCCCUUUGAGAAGAAUUGUGGCAGUGAUGGCAUCUGCCAGGAUGACCUCAGCAUAACCUUGAGUUUUAUGAGCCUGAACACUCUGGUGGUGGGCGGUCCCCGGGAAUUCAAUGUGACAGUGACUGUGAAAAACCAGGGCGAGGACUCGUACAACACUCAGGUCACCUUCUUCUACCCACCUGGCUUGUCCUAUCGGAUGGUGUCAAGGGACCAGGAGCGGUACUCACAGUGCCAUGACUGUAACUCCACUGAAGAGUCUGGAGCCUUGAAGAGCGGCACCUGCGACAUAAGCCGGCCCAUCUUCCCAGAGAACUCUGAGGUCACCUUUAAUAUCACAUUUGUCAUGAACUCUACUGCUUCAUUUGGAAACAGAUUACUCCUCAAGGCCAAGGUGACCAGUGAGAACAAUAUGCCUCAGACCAACAAAACUCAAUUCCAGCUGGAGCUGCCCGUGAAAUAUGCUGUCUACAUGGUGGUCACCAGCGGUGAGGCCUCCACCAAAUAUCUCAACUUCACAGCUUCAGAGAAGACCAGCCGCAUUAUAAAGCAUGAGUAUCAGUUCAAAAACCUGGGGCAGAGGACCCCCCCCAUCAGUGUGGUCUUCUGGGUCCCCAUCCGGCUGAACCAGUCGGCUGUGUGGGACCACCCCCAGGUUACCUUCUCCCAGGAGCUCUCCAGGACAUGCCACACCAAGGAGAGGGUCCCUCCGCUCUCUGACUUCCUGGUGGAGCGUAAAAAGACCCCAGUGCUGAACUGCUCCAUUGCUGUCUGCCAGAGAAUCCAGUGUGACAUCCCAUCCUUUGGCAUCCAGCAAGAAUUCAACGUCGCCCUCGAAGGCAACCUCUCGUUUGGCUGGUAUAGCAAGGCUUUGCAGAACUACCUUCAGAUUGUGAGCACAGCGGAGAUCUUGUUUAAUGAUUCGAUAUUCACCCUGCUUCCAGGACAGGAGGCAUUUGUGAGGGCUCAGACGGAGACCAAAGUGGAGGUGUAUGAAAUGCAUGACCCUGUACCCCUUAUCGUGGGCAGCUCAGUGGGGGGGCUGGUGCUCCUGGCUCUCAUCACUGCCGGACUGUACAAGCUUGGCUUCUUCAAACGGCAGUACAAGGACAUGAUGAAUGAAGCUGCACCACCCCAGUAACGGCUCCUUCCCCACUGAGUGGCCCCUCCUGCAACAAGCAGGACUUUGGUUAGAUCAACAUGCAGGUCCCCAGCCUGCUGGACAGACACGUCCAUUAGGAGAGUGGGAUGGUGAUGUCUCAGGAAAGACCUGCUUGGUUUUCCAUUCAUGUGUGUGUGUACAAGUGUGUGCAUGAGUGUGUGUGAGUUGUGUGUGUGACUCAGAUGUCUCUUGCACAGAGACAACCUCUCAGGCAGAAGGGAAUUGCUUGGGCUUCCUUGUGUGUGGGUGAAGGUGCCGUUGGGCCUUCCUCUGGGACAGAGGUCACCGUAGCUCUUGUGGGUGAGCAUAAAGGGAAAUGCAACAGAUUCUCCCCCUGCUGGAGGCAGCGAGACUUCCUUUUGUGGGUGAGCACGCAGACCUGCGGGAGCCUGUGUACCUGGGACUGAGACCACAUGGAGGAACUGUGGUGGAACCAGGAUGUAGUCAGAUUACAGGAGCCUGUCCAACUCAUUCCACACUAGAGCUAAAUAUGUACAAUGAGCAAUGAUGUACUCCCUUUAUCCAUUUAUUUAUUAUUUUAAUGUUACUUUUAUUUUUGAACAGAUAAACCUGUCAUAGUACAAAAAUCGAAGAUGUGCAGGGGCGUGUGGUGAAAAGUCUCCCUUUCCUCCUGGUCCCCCCAGCCGUUCAAGUCCCUCCUGAAGGGAAGUCAAGAUUAUGUGUUUUCAGGUCACACACACAAACUUUUUUACACAAAUCGUAGCAUAUGUCGUUUAUACUGUUCUGCAUCUUGCUUUUUUUGUUAAUAUAGUCCAGACAUUGUUUCAUAUCAAGACUUAAAAUACCUUUUCAUUCUUUUAUACAGCUGCAUAGUAUUCCACUGUGUGGGUGGAUCAUAAUGCAUUUAACCAGUCUCCUUUCGAUAUAUUAUGUUCAACCUCUCACAAAUACAAACAAUGGUGAAUAAAUAAAUUGAAUAUA